AGUUCUACUUUGUGAUGCUGACAUGCUAACUCCUGCUUAAAGAGAACACCGGGAAUAAACCUUUGUGACUGCGUGGUUUGAGGUUUCAGCCGAAGUUUACCGGAGGAUGGCGGAUAAAUUACCCCUGCCGCGGUUGCUGGUGACGGCUCGUCCUAAAAAAGAGGGCAAGAAUAGAAAGACGGAGGCCGAGAAGGCUGUGACAAGAAGGAGAUUAGAUAAAACGAGAGUCAACAUCGGUACAGCUUUUCAACGAUGGAGACAACUGAGGGGGCUCAAGGGCCUGCGAAGUGAUGCCAUGGUUGCUCUCUUUCUGUUGGACAGUUACGAGAAGCAAACAUCGACUCCGUGGAAACCCGGAUUGUUGAGACCUCCUCCCCCCGCUGGGUCAGCUGUUCCUGCAGAGUCUCUCUCUGACCGAGGCGACGACCUCUCAGUCGCCCCUGAAGACACGUUUGAGCUGUUUGAGAAAAGGAUAGCAGAGUACGAGGAGGAACUUCGUCAUUUUAAAGAAGAGAACAAGCGACAACAGAAACUACUGGACGCUGUUUUCAACCCUGAAGUCUGUUUACACAGAGCAGACAUCCAGCUGCUGAUGGUGAGAAAAGAAGAGGUUCACCCUGAGCAGCAAGAGAGGGGCUCCAGUCUGAACCAGGAGGACUCACCAGAACCACCACAGAUCAAAGAGGACCAGGAGGAACUCUGGAGCAGUCAGGAGGGAGAGCAGCUCCAAGGACCAGAGGAGGCUGAUAUCAUCCAAAUCACUUUCUAUCCUGUCCCUGUAAAAACUGAAGAAGAUGAUGGAGAGAAACCUCAGUCCCCACAGCUUCAACCAACACUAACUGAUCAGAUCAGAGAUGAAUAUUCAAAAACAGAAGCUAAAGGAGAGGACUGUGAAGGAUCAGACCCAACUACAGACUUUAAUAUAGACAGUCAUUUGCAGCCUGUUUCUGAUGAAGAGACUUCACACUCCUCUGAGACCGUGACUGAUGACUGUAACUGUGAUUGGGAGGCCAGUGAACCUCAGGAGGGUUUAAACCCUCUGCAAAACGAAGACGCACCUGUAAGUGAUGUGAACUGUGAUACUGGAAGUGCAUCUGAAAGUUCAACAACCUUCGGGCAAAAGAAACAACUGCGAAAACACAAAAUAAUCCACACAGGAGACAAACUGUUCAGUUGCUCAGUUUGUGGUAAAAGUUUCAGAGACAAUGGAGAUCUAAAAAGACACUCUUUUGUCCACACGGGAGAGAAACCAUUAAGCUGUUCAGUUUGCGGUAAGAGAUUCACACAGAAUGGAGACCUUAAGCGACACUCUGUUGUCCACACAGGGGAGAAACCGUUUAGUUGUAAACUUUGUGACAAGAGAUUCACACAAAGAGGAACCCUUAAACUACACUAUGUUGCACACUCUGGGGAGAAACCUUUUAGCUGUGAAGUUUGUGGUCACAGAUUUACAAACAGCGGAGAUCUAAAAAGACACUCUAUUAUACACACGGGGGAGAAACCGUUUAGUUGCAGCGUUUGUGAUAGAAGAUUCACUUACAAACAGAAUUUCAGAACACACAAGUGUGUUGCUAAGAGCAGGAAGAAAUAAUGAAACCACUGUUUGUACUUUAAAGGUACAAAGGUAAAGUCUAACAUGUGCUGUUUUUUCAAAGAUUCAGUUUUUGGCUUUUCAUGCCUCUAUUGUGGAGACAGGACAGAGGAUAGAGUCAGGGAUGGAGCGAGUGCGGACUGACAUGCAGGAAAAGGAGCCACAGGUAAGAUUUGAACCUGGGCCCCUUUUGAGGGCUACAGCAUCUGUAUAUGGGGAGUGCAAGGUCAUCUGAGGCAACACUCGUCAGUCCACACAGGGUAGAAACUUAUUAUUUGCUCAGUUUGUUGGUCAAAGAUUCACACUAAGUGGUUCUCUAAGCAGACUCUCUCAGGUCCACACGGGAGAGAAACCGUUCAGUUGUUCAAUUUGUGGCCACAGAUUAACAUGGAGUGAGUCUCUAAAAGAUAGACAUUUAGCAGCAGUGUUUGUGAUGAAAGAUUCACUCAGCGAAAGAGUGUCAGAAAACACGAUUGUGGUGGUAAGAGCGGCCAGAAUGAAUGACACCUCAACCACUAUGCUCCGCCAAUGAAAAGUGUCUGAUCCAACCUUCUAUCUAUAGUGAAAGGUGAUCACUGUAGAUGUGUUUCACCUUGGGACAUUUUGAACAUUUGACCACACCUGCCAUCAAAGUGCCUUUCAGUCUAUUGGUGUGAAAAUCUCUAUCCCCUCCUUUGUUAAAAAAAAUCUCACCUGAAGAAGACCUCUGGUCGAAACGUUGUGAUUAAUAAAAACUUUUUUUUUUUUUGGCAUUUGAGCGUGUGUGGGCCUGUCUUGUUUGUGCAGUUUGGCGUGAGGCAUUUAAAGAAAUGUUGGUGCAUAUACUCAUUGACAUCUUCCCUGAGCCGUAAGUGUGAUGAGUUCUGUUGGUUAAUAAUAUCACCGUCCAAAAAAAAAGCCAGAGAGAAAGAGAGGACUUUCCCAGGUUAAGUUAUCAUGGGGAGUGUUUGGAACUCUUGCCAAAAAUAUUGUUACACAUCUUGGUCACCCUACGCUUCCAUUUUUGCUGAAAUGUAUAAAUAACCCAAACAUAAGAGGUCAUGGACCGUUGCAUACUUGUUAUAUUUUCGGAUGAUCAUGCCGUACAGUCUGUUGACGCCACCUCUUCAUUGUUCAUUUAGCAAUUAUGGAUAAUAUUUGUGUUUCUCUUCCUCAAUAAAGCAUGAGCUGUGAGGAAAUGGUGUUCCGAUUAGACAGUAUAUAACAAUAGUAAUGAACUAAAUAACUAAACAGUAGAGCCAAAAUGAAUAUUCUAGUAAAAGUUAGUCACAUUUAUAUGUAAUUCUAAGUUCAUAUUUGUACUUCUUCUGCAAAGCAUGAGCGUUGAAUACGGUUUCCUGAGGCUGCAGGAAUACAACAACAACAACAGUAAUGACUUACAAUAAUUAAACUAAAUUUGGUGCAGCAGUAGCUCAGA